AUGCCAGUGAUGGCAAACGAGCCGAUCAUCCUGAACGUUUAUGAUAUGGUGAGUAGAAAAGAAGAUCCGUGUUUACAAAGCUAAUAUUGAUGUUUUAUCACUUCUGUACUACUUUACCUAAGGACUAAGGUCCAGUUAGCUAUGAGCUAUGUCAGCAGUGUAAGGACGGAGAGCCAAACUCUGUAGAAAAAAAGGCGAUUUUUUUGCUUCUUUAGAUUUAAAAGCAUAUCAAAAAGUAAAUUCAAAGAUUAGACAUUUAUUUACAAGUUGAUAAGGCCAAUCUCAAUUCGUCUAACGUUCAGUUCUGUGAACUAACCCAGUCAUGUCACAAACACACUUUUUGAAAUGGGUUCAUUUGUCUCUCUCAGCUGGUCGUCGAGCGGCAGCAGAUUCCCAAUAUGCCUUUAAAUAUAAAGGGAUUUGGCGAAGAGUGUUCUUUAUUAGACAUUGUUUGAAACCAGUUAGCUAGUUUAGUGCAACACAUUAUGUAGUACCAAAAGACGCCCCUGAAACGGUUUUUAAAUGGAGCCAGGUAUAGAAGCAGCAAUGACAGCAGACAUCAUCCUGUAAGCCAUACUCUGACUCAUAAGCGCAUAAGCUCACAGUGAGAGAUCUUGAUAAUGUUUGACUAUCAUAUUAGGAGUGGAGUAAAAGUUGUCUUUACACUUGUUAAGUUGAUGCUGUGAAAACCUGAACAGUGAUGAGUAAAACACGGUGACCCAAGAGGUCAAACCCACAGAAGUCUUCCUUUAUAUCCAUCUAAUCUGUCUCAGUCUGCGAAAAAGUAGUGUAAUCAGUAGUGUGUGUUUUCAUGGUUUGAAGAGUCACACUAAAACAUGUGGGGACUGCAACAUAUUGCUCCUACAAGUGACUGUAAGACAUCUUAUAUCAACCCUUGGCAUGUUUUUGUCACUCUGGGGAGCAUUCCCUUGUUGUUUUGAUACAACACAGAUUAUCUUACACUCAAGAAGUAUCCGCGCUGACAAGGGACCAACAAAAGCCUGAAUUAUAUGUAGUCCUAAUCUGUCUCAGUCUGUGAAAAGCCGUUUAAAGAGAACUUACAAAAACGAAAUUAAGGGAAAAUGGGAAAACUUUUAACUCAAAUCAAACUGUCUGUUUCAUUUCUACUGGAGGGGAGGAUGUUCGUCUCUUUGUUGUGGAAUGAGGCAGGAUUUGAGUCACUGAUGUAGUCACCAUGUCGGAGUGAGUCAGUGGGACCGGAGAAAAGGGGAGGCUGGAAAUUGACUGGUCUGUUGAUGAAUCAUUGAUUGAUUUGAAGCCCCAGGGGGAGAGAGAGAGACUAUGCUCAAAAUGGGAAUUGUCUUGUUGAAGGGGGGGUUAUAAAACAGACAGAGACAAGGAUAAUGUACAUGAACACCCCUAUAUACUUUCCAUAAAUGUAUAUCAAAGCCUGUCUCCCACUAGAGGAAAUCCUAUUGUUUUUGUCUCUGUUAUCUUUCUUUAGCUUAUAGUUCACAAGACAUCAAGAGAAAAUUGUAUUUCUGACCUUUGAGGGCUAAAGAAGUGUCUUAUCUACAGCAGCACACCACAGUGUGAAAUCAGGACUUGGCUUUGAUAGGCACACUUCCUCCUACUCAAACUUGCUUCCAUAAUUACUCGACUUGUUCCAUCCUUCCUGCCUGGCUUCCUUCCCUCCUCAUUUAUCCCUUUUUGCUCCACUGAAUUUCUGUCGCGGCUCUUCCCUGCCUGCUUUCCUGUUAUCCUUUCCUUGCCCCCUUUUCUCUUCCUCACCUCCUCAUGUCUUUCACUUGACUUGUAGUACACAUUAGUUUCUGUUCAUAGAGCCCUGAGUAGCUUUUAUCGCUGUCACACUUCCAUUCAUGUGAACUGCUGCAGGCGCAUUGGCAUACUUUCACAUGCAAAAGGCUCAGAUAAGUUUCAUAUAUUUCACACACAGAGAGUUACAUGAAAUUUGUUAGGGGGGGGUAUCUUUCACUAACUGAUGUCACUGUUGUCACAUCAGGGUUUUAUCAUUCCUGCUUGUGCAUGCGGACAGAUUCAAUCACACCCAUGCAUAUUUUGAUGUUUGUUUCUUUUUUCAGUGGGCUACUGUGAGAACAUGAUUUUGGCUUGCUUACAGCAGCUCCUCUAGAGCUCAUUGAAAAAAAGCAGGAUCACAGAGUCCAUUCAUCCACUCUACUACUUUAAACACUUCCUCUGUGUAUUGAUUGGGUGCUGUAGAAAAAGUGACUGACAGACUGACUGCUAGGGUUCGCCACUGCGUGAUGAUCAGUGACUGAAUUUUUCUGUUAAGCUGACUGAAUUACACAAAUAAAAACUACCAUUAAUUAUUUGAUAACAAUUACAGUGAAGAUGUGCUCUAUCAAUAAAAAACAUAGUGGUCUGUAAAUGUCAUUUUAAAGCUCCUGUUUGUACUGGUUAUAACACAAUGAAGUUGAAACUGAAGCUGCAAAAGAAAACAUCAGCAACAAGACUGACCAUGUCUUUACAUGUCUUUUUUUAUGCCUUUAACCUCUGCAAGGUGUCAGUCCACAGUUGAGAAAUGCUAUGUAAAAUUUUUCACACAUUUUACAAACAGAAUAAAAUAAAACAACCAAACUAAAGGCUCGGAGCAAAGCUAAUCACUACCUGGCUUAAAGUUCACGCGCUGAUAUGACACAGGGUCAGUUCCUCCUCCUUCUUCAUUAGAACUAAUUCUAUGACCAGGCUUGCUAAUAUAAGGCUGAGGCUUCAUUAGUUUGUCCAACAAAGACCUGUGAUGACACUUUAAUAGUGAAUAGUUUCUGCUCAACCCUUCUUGAUCAAAAUUUCUUCAAAGAAAUCUCUAAUAAAAUUUAUAUUUAGUUUUAUUUGAAUGAUUUUUGUAUAAAAAGAAAUUUCCAGCUCUGACCAGAUUUGAAUGAAUCCCACAAAUAUCAAACAGUCCCUGAUGUCACUUUAGAUAAUAUAUAUUUUUUACCUUACCAGAAUUUAAGGGACUUUUGAAAUAUCACUGAGUCAGAGGCGUAGAUUUUAGUUGCUUUAGAGAUUGUGAAAGGGAAGAGAAAAGCCCAGAUUGAAUAUGCAAUACCUGCAACCUCUUUGGCUCAGCAAAGCAUAUUUGACAGUGUCUAUUAAGCUGUAUGUUACAGCUUAAUGGCAACAAAUUUCCAUCUUAAUCAGUGCAAGGUAAAGAUUGCUUCUGCAUUGAAAAGAUGAUUUUCAUUCAUGUUUUUUUAAUUUUCAAAGCCAACAAUGACAUUUGAGAUGUCCUGUGUUGCCUGCGUACUGGUCCACAACUUGACUUAUCCCAUUUUACAAAUACCAGUAAAAGCAUUGAACCCUGAUGACUUAAAUUACACCUUCAAACAAACCCCAUUUGUAUCAACUGUAAAAAAUGACUAAUUGACUUUUUGUCCUCAUGCUGCACACUGUUCCAAAUUUUGGAACAUUUACAGUCAUCUACAAAAAGACAUUACUAAAGAAGUCAGAAUGAACUUCUCUCAGAGAUGACUCAACUUCGAGGUCUUGCUGAAAGGAAAAAAAAGGGAGACUUUCUAUCCAAACAGGACAAUAUUUAUUGACUAAAUAACUGGUUGGGUAACUAGUUCGGUGACUGUCUCAAGGAAAGUCCAUGAAGUGUAAAAAUCUGAUAUGGGUAGAGGUCAAGAAGCAUUGCAGGAUGAACAGACAAAUUCCUGUUUUUUCCCUGUUAGGAUCAAUACUGUCACAUGACUUACUGGAAUAACUGACACCAGGACAUACCUCUCCCCUCUCCCCACAGCCAUCCAUUCUCCUUCCACUUCUCCCAUUCAGUUAGUUCCUCCAGGCCGUCUUGCUCCCAUCUCUGCUAAGUGGAUUUCCUGGCCAGCUUUGAGUGCUUUAGUGAGAUGCCCUAAUGAGACGGCAUUAUCUGCACACUGCCUGCCAGCCAGCACUGAAGGCUGCUGUUGUGUCUGUGUGUAUUUAGUAUCAGAGAAAGUAUCAGGGUAAUACGUUUAACGGCAACUAGUAGCAAGGUACUCAACAGAGUAUAUGUGUGGCUGCAGUGGAUCAAUUCAUCAACCCAGUUUUUCUGCUGUCUGGUUUACACAGUGCAGGUUACUCAGACUAAACAGAAAAUGAGUUAGAGGAGCGCAGUGAUUUUUCUGGGAUAUCCCAGCACCCACUGCCAGUGCAGUGUAAUGUGGAAAAAAGGGUUGGAGCCAUUGCAUGUUUAAUGCCAGAGAUAAAACACACAGCAGAAAGAGAUACUCAACAGAUGCUCAAAUAUGAAUGUAGGUUAGGUGUGCAGUGAGGCUGUAAUCACUUCAGUAUUCCUGAUAGAUUUUGGUUGCUUUAUUGUGGGCAGUGCUGAAAGUUUGAUAGAUUGUACUACUAGUAUUUUGUGAAGAUGUGUCUUGAUCUGCUACAUACACAUCAAUUCAGCUAGCCAAAAUAAGCCUUAUCAGCUUAAGGACUCUGGUUCCAAAUGAACAACUUCUGCAUGACCCCAGCUAGAUGUUCUAUCAAAGUGAGACCAUAAGCUUGAAAAUGAGUCACCUCCAAUGAUCUUAUUCAAACCUGACUAUGCUAACCAUAAAGCAGCCACCUGGUGUGACUUUCUUAAUGCCCCAUAGCUCUGAAGUAGGUCCCUGACAACAGCAAUACAAAGAGCCACACACCCAACCAAAAAGCCACUCUAUAGCCACAAAUAAUGCUCAGAACAGUACCUAACUUCAUCAACAGCACAUAUAGGGUCCCAGCCACAGCACUAGCCACUCCAACACACCUGAUUCAAAUGAUCAGCUCGUUAUCAAGCUCUGUAAUGGCUUAAUAACGAGCUGAUCAUUUGAAUCAGGUGUGUUGGAGCAGGGAAACAUCCAAAACAUGUAGGACAGUGGGCCUCAAGGACUGGACUUGAGAACCACUGCUCUAAACAAACAGAGGUUUCCUUUUCUGUGCAGUGGACCUCCUGUCAAAGCCCUUCCACACUUGACUUCUUUCAUCAUGCCUUUAACUUCAUAAAGUGCCUAGCUCUGUAGUCUAGUAAUAGGAUCAUUUACCAGAUAUGAAAAAUCAUUUCAGAGUCUGUUUUUAAUGUUCUUUCCAAAAAGUUUGACUCAUGGCUGGAGUCUGGUAGCACUUGUGCUCACAGCUUGGUUUCAUCAGCAUACAUAUGCUCCAGUGUGUGUAAAUAAUAAUGCUGCCAUGGUUUGUCCGUCAGUUUUUUUCAACCGUCAAAUAAGUUGCAAGCCUUUUUUUGUGAUAAAGCAAAGGUUUUAUUAAAAGAUAUAUUCUUUGAUCCAAUUUUCUUCAAAUAUAAUUAUUUUUUAUUCAUUUAAUUCCUGACAUACUUACUGUUUAGGUUCUAUGGCAGCAAACCUAUGAUUACAUAUUUGUGAAUAUCAUAUGUGGAUUUUGGGAAUGCUUAUUAACACUUUUGGCAUUUUUAGACCAAAGGACCACCAAAUUAGUAGAGUAGGCCAAAUUGACUAGUUAUAUCAACAAUGAAAAUAAUGUUAAUUAUUUGCGCUCUCAGUAAGGUACUUUAAUGCUCACAGGACCUUUGCCUCAUUUCACAUUUUCAGAGACUGUAAUAGCAAGCAAAGAAACUACAGCACUUAACCACAGAACAUGGAGUAGGAUGAAAAAGGAUAAAUUAACAAACCGCAACACCAAGUUUCUCUGUACUCAUCUGAGUGUUAAUCUUCUUCCUUUUUUACAGUCUCUAACUCACACGGCCGUUCUCUAGUCUGUGGAGGAGGAGAGGUGGAGGAAGGUUUUAACGAGCUUUAAAGUAAUGAAGGUUGAGAUAAGAGUCUUAUUUCAGCACUGAGGAGGGGGAGUAGCAUACUGAACUGACAGAUUAGCUCACUGAAAAUAUUUCUCUCACAUAGACUCACUCAGCAUCUGCUUUUUACAAUUAUAUUUUUGGGCAAUCAUCUGGCACGCAACUCUUAAGGAAUGAAGACAGUCAAAUGAGAAUGUAUGUUUUAGUUUCUCUGUUCAUCCGGAGCCUAAACGCUGUAGUGGAUUCUUGGGUAGAGUCUUGAGUUUUCUGGACUGCUGCCACCUAAAGCUUUUCUUAGAAAUACUCAUAGAUUGAGAAUUGAAGCAGUUAGGAGCAGCUUUUAUUCUUUGUUUCUGAACUUCUUAGCAAGCUGUUAGACCGUUUAAGCCAAAGCUUUUCCUCUAAACCUGCUGUUUCAGACACAGGUGCUUAUUGUUCAUGUUUGCACAGAAACAAUUACCAAGAAUUAGUGAUCCUAACAGGAUUUCAGGAUUCUUGAUAUGUGAUCAAAUGCUUGAUAUGUGUGUCUGUACUUAGCCUUAAAAUAGGAAGUUGGUUUUUGAUUUUGGGUGCUAAAUACACAGGUAAAACGCGUAUAAAGUUUGUAUAUUCUGUGUUAUGGUAGUGGAAAAGGACCCACUCCUCUGUAGAUAUCAGGCUCAUUCUUAGUUGACCAAAACAAAACAAUUUGCAUCCUUAAACACCUCUUCAAGAUUAACCUUAUUGACCCAGUGCUGAAAAAAGUGGAGGAGUUGCUACCUAAAUGGCUCGGCUCUACAGAGAGCUGUGGUAGCUGCUUGUUCGGAGAUGGAAAAAGUGAAUGCAAUGCAUCAUAUCAUGCAGAAUCAUUCAUACAAUGCAAAAGUUACGAAAGGUCACAGUUACCCAAUAACUUUGUAGUAGUUUGGCUUCCAGUGCUCUGACAGACAUAUGAAGCUCUGCUCAGGUAUGAGAAAAAACAUACCACUCAUGUCAAAGUUCCCUCAUAACUCAUUAUAACUAAAUCUCAAGUCAACCAAUGGUAUGUGCAGUAUGUCUUAAAAUAUACAGACAGUUUGAUAGUCAAUCGACAAAUAUUUGAUCACUUUUUUGCUUAUGCUUCAGUAUCACACAGGCAUUACGUCACCACUGAACACACAGGGAAGGGUUACUGUAAGUUUCACAUAUGGGGUUUACCUUACCUGUCAGCUCCAUAUUACUGAGAAGCGUUUUCCUCUCUGAAAACAGGUGCCUUUUUGAUACUUAAGUAGUUCAUCAUGUAUCAUGUGCAAAUAAACUCUGAGACUUUCAGUUCCUAUGAAAUCUAAAGAGGUUUUAAUAUCAUUUUCUCGUUUUGUAUGUAUUGCAUUGAUUGCGACCUUUACCCCAGUUACACAAAAAUUUGCUCUGAGGAUAUUCUUCGUGAUAUUUUGCAGUUUCCUGAAAACAUGACUCAUCCUGCACAGGGUGUAAACUACGAAAGAGAGUUAGGGCCACAUGAAGAGAAAAAAAUAAUAAUUACAGGAACGAGAUUAAAAUCAAAAUUUUGAGAUUAAAAAUUUGAAAUUAUGUCAAUAAAGUCGAAAUUUCGAGAUCAAAGUCGAAAUUUUGUGAAUUAAAUCAGAAUUCUGAGAUUAAAGUCAACAUGAAUAAAGUCGAAAUUUUGUGAAUUAAAUCUAAAUUUCAAGAUUAAAGUUGAAAUUACGAGAUUAAAGUCUACGCAAAUAAAGACGAAAUUUCAUGAAUAAAGUUGUAAUGUUAAGAUUAAUGAUAAUGACUUAACAACAUUGCUGCUUGUCACUUGACAGCAUGUCCUCUGUAGAACAGUUUGUAAAGUAUUCGGACUCUGUAAAGACUGGGCCAAAGAUUAUGAUGCAGAUGCAGGGUUUUCGAUGGUUACACCUGCGUGCUAUACAGCGAGGCUACGUCAUUUCGCAAGAUACAGUAAGACAACUGAUCAAGUUGAUUGAUCCUGAAGACGUGGAGCAAAGACGAACCCUGCGUCUGAGGCACAGGCAUUACCGAAGCCAAGGACCUAAUGCGCUCUGGCACAUGGAUGGCUAUGACAAAUUUAAGUCAUACGGCAUUUCAUUUAGACUUUUUGAAAUUUUGACUUUAAUCUUGAAAUGGAAAUUAAAAACAAUCUCCCUCCUGUAAUAAUUGUUUAUUCAUAGUAAUAAUAAUCUUUGUUUGUAGUAAACAGAUUUUGGUCUCAGUGAAAAACCUUGAAUUUUUAUGUUCUUCCUACAAGAAGUUCAGGACCUACAGACUAGUUGUAAUGUCUGGAUGGUUACAGUGUUUCUGUAUUCAUUUUUAUUAAGGCCUGUCACCAUCUGCCUCAUAUCACCCUUUAGCUCUUUUUCAUCAUACCAUAUCUGUCAGCAAUCAGUCAGUAAGCAGUGUAAUGUCCACAUCCCCUUUGUGAUCACAGUUUGAGAUAAGAUCUUACUGACAUUGUGUAGAAUUUGCAAUGCAUAACAGAGACUGUCAGCUCUGCCACAGUUACAUGUAUGCAGCUCAAAAGUGUAUUUGCCUAACACUUUAAAGGAAGUAAGAGGAUCGUAGUCGGCUGUGGUUUCAGUCUGCUGAAAGUCUUCCUGUGCACAGGUCAUGACACUCGUACUUAGGGUCAACGCUCCUGUUGUAUGCAGAGCUCUGAAUGACCUGAAAGCACUUCAGUCAUUAAAGGAACUGAAACAAGUCAAAAAAAAAAAAACGAUAUCAUAUUAAAAAAAUAUCUGAUCCUCAAUUGAUCUGCUAAGUCCUUAAGCAGUUAAUAUGUAGCUUGUAGGUUUACAAGUAUCAAUAAUUUCAUUGUUAAUACGCUGAAUAUUUUCUAGUUAUCAAUCAAAGGGGUGUAACUGUACAAGUAUUCCUACCAGUUUUGGAUCAGAUGUGUACCACUCCAAAUAUGCUCAGAACUAGAGGUCCCCACACUGACUGGAAAAAGAGAUCACACCACACGUACAUGGUAUCUUUCACCUGUACUGUUGUUUGAUGAAAAAACAAAUCAUCUCAAAACGUCCUGAAUUUCAGUUUUCUUUUUGGCUGUCAGGAGUUUGUUUGACUUGAAAAGAUUGUUUCUGAGUGUCACAGUUUGAAACCCCAUGACUAAAUAAUCUAUCAAUUGAAGAAGUUUUCGUUUGUUUGACUGUUUUUUCACCUACUCUUCUGCUUGUGUUUGAAGAAAUUGGGUUAAUUUCGCUUGCUUUGACAAUAUUGACCCGUAUGAAUUAUUGACUGUUUUCUUUUUGACCCAAAUAGAUUAUUAUCAGUAUUUACAGGUGGGUUCAUCAAGUUUGUAACACAGAGGUAAUGUUCUGGCACCGAUGUUAUUGUGCAGGUUGUGUAGUAAGACAGAUGACAGUGCAAAUCAUUACCCUGUAGGUUGACUGAGUCAUUGCUCAGCAUCCUGAGAUGUCACACCAAGCUCUUCUUCACCACAUUCCCUCGCUUUAUCCUCUGUGAUUAAAGAUCUUACUCACACCAGUGAGUCCUGCCUAGCAACAGCCCAACCAAUCCUCUUUGCUACACAGACACUUUAGUCCAAAAAAGACAGAUGGAAAUGUGAGCUCUCUCUCCUGCCAGGAUCAUUGAUUUUGUGUAUGUCCUGUCUUGUGUUUGUGUUUCUCAUCUGUUUGAGGAAGUGAACCUGUGUAAACGUCAGAGGCUUGGCUGGGAUCACUGGUGAUUCUCCUCUGCUGAGCGACUCAGUGAUUCAGAGCUAUGAGAGGAUUAAAAAAAGAACAGCACAAACUGACUGUCAGCGAUAAAUUUGGCAUUGCACUGUGUAGUGAAUAUCUUGGAUAUGUUUCAUGGCACAGUAGAGUAGAUAUAAAGAAUAAUACAGCAUGUUAAACCAAUGAGACCAUUGUAAUUAAUUCUGUCUCUGAUGUUGUUUUUAGUACUGGAUCAAUGAGUUUACCAGCUCUCUGGGCAUCGGUGUCUUUCACUCAGGGAUUGAGAUCUAUGGAAGAGGUAAGAUUACACAGAAACACGACACCCUACGUAUCAGUUGACUUUUGUGUGUGUGGAUGUGACAGAAACAAAUCCUUGUUUGUCCAGCUUACAAAUAAUGUCUGGAAAAGAGAGUUUUUCUUCUUUAAGGAAAUGAUACAGGUCACUGCUUAAAUGUGUUUAUUCAUGCUUUGCUUGUGUGUGUUUUUUAGAGUUUGCCUAUGGCGGACAUCCGUACCCAUUCUCAGGAAUUUUUGAGAUCACACCAGGUGAAGCAACUGAACUGGGCGAGACCUUUAAGUUCAAGUAAGUGCAGGAUAUCUGUUUCUGUAUAUGUAACAGUGAUGUAGAGAUAGGCCGUUUAAUCAGCGAGCCACUUAAUUGAAGCAGAUUAUGACAUUUUUAGUAAUCUGCGUCAUAUCGGCAUUGGCCCUCACAAGGCUGAUUUCACCAUUAUAAUUUUUUGUUUGUUUUUAAGUUUUUAAAUGGAUCAGCACCACAGUACAUCUCUGACCUCUUAAUAAUAAUAAUGCAUCAGAUUUUUAUAGCGCUUUAUCAGAGACCCUCAAAGCGCUUUACAUUGGAUACAUCAUUCAUUCACUCACACCUUGGUGGUGGUAAACUACCUUAGUUGUCACAGCUGCCCUGGGGCAGACUGACAGAAACGUGGCUGCUAUUUUGCGCCUACGGCCUCUCCGACCACCACCACCACACAACACUCACAUUCAUACGCCAGUGGAGGACACACACUGGGAGCAAGGUGGGUUAAGUGUCUUGCCCAAGGACACAACGGACAGACUAGGGACAGGACGGGGCUUGAACCGCCAACCUUUCAGUUAUUGGCCAAUCCGCUCUACCUCCUGAGCUACGUUCCUUGAGGUCUGCUGAUCAGCUCCAACUCAUUGUCCCUAAAAAUCGUUUGAAAACCAGUGACGACCGAGCUCUCUCAGCUGUGGAAUGAAUUGCCGCUCAAGAUUAAAACAUCCCCCGCUCUUUUUACUUUUAAUUCACAUCUUAAAACUCAUUUUUAUACCUUGGCUUUUAGCUCAGCAUGAGAGUUGUGUGAUCUCUGUCCUUUUGUGUCUUUUAUGGUCCUUUUAUCACUUUUAUUUCUUUUAUACUUUUGUGUUUUUAUUUCAUUUAUUUUAUUUCAUUUUAAAUGUUUUUUUUUACUUUCUUUUAUUUAUUUCCUCGUGAUGUUUUCUGAAAUGUUUGUUCUUUUAAAUUUUACUGUGCAGCACUUUGGCAAACUUGAAUGUUUUUUUUUUAAAUGUGCUAUAUAAAUUAAGCGGAUUGGAUUGGAUUAUGUUUUAAAAAUUCAUUAAAAUCCACUUAAAAGAUGUUUCUGGCUAAGAUAAACAUAGAUAUAUGAUUUAAAUGUUCAUGAAAUAUCAUAUUUACGUGGGACUUAAAGGUUUGAGGCACCCACAGAACUAAGAGAAACUAGUCGGUCAAUAAUCACCGUCCAGCAGUCACUCUGUCUGAUCUGGAUAACAGAAUUGGAUAAGAUUGGAUAACAGAAUGAGCGGACUUAUUCUUGUAUUAAAAAGCCUGUUGUUACUGCUGCUACAGUUUAGAGAGACCGACAAAAGAGUACAUGGAUGGAGAUUAGAAGAGUAAAGCAUGUGACACACAUUUUGUGAUUUCACAUUUUUCCUCAUGGUUCAUAGCAGCUGACUUGUAUUAGAGCAGGGAAUAAGAUAAAACUGAUAAGACUGGGGGGAAAAUGUUUGAUCUUUAAAUGGAACAAAAAGACAAAAAAUGCUGCAUUAAUGAGUGUGGUGUUGUUUUUUGUUUUACUGCAGUUGCAUUGGAAUCUGUUAUGUGGUGGUGAGACAUCAGGACACACAGUUAGUUCAAUAUUUUUCAGGACUCCCACCGUCGGCCCAGAGUCUGUGUUAGUGUGUGUGUGUGUAUGUUUGUCGACCCAGAGCUACUGUGUUGCUGUGUGUUACUUCUGCUCUAGUUGAUCUGCCCCAUGGCUUUAGACAGACUGCUUGGCACACAUACACACACACUCUUGCACUUUCUGUAUCCAUGUAAGCCUCUACACUAAAAGUAUGGAUCAUCUGGGACCAAUUCCUACAUAUCAGAAACUACAGUAAUCUCUGCCAAAUGAAAAUGAAUCAAGUGUCUCUGAAUGUAGCUGUAAUUUUUCUGUAAAAACAUAAAACAGCAUGCCAUGAUUCAUAAAAUGUACAUCUGGGACCGGCAUAAUAUCUUGCUCAUUCUCGAUGAUCAUGUUGGAGGAUUGAUGUCUUGGUCAGGCCCUAACAACUCCUCAGGCUGUGGAGAAACUCACCAUAUUUAUUGAUGAUUCACUUGACAAGUCAAAGAAGUCAUUCCGAAUGUUCGGACAGUGAGUAACAACCAGUGUUGUAACACCCUCCACACCCUUUCCCACCCUCGUGUCUGCAGAGAAGCCAUCGUGUUGGGCAGCACAGACUUCACAGAGGAAGACGUGGAGCGGAUAGUAGAGGAAAUGGGGAAGGAGUACAAAGGAAAUGCCUACCACCUCAUGCACAAAAACUGCAACCACUUCUCCUCGGCACUGUCAGAGGUAUGCACGCACACACACACACACACACACGUAAAUGCUGCACUGCACUGUUUUGGCUCUGCGUCUGAAUUUACUGACAUAAAAAGCAAAAUAGUCAAUCCUGAAACAUGCCCUGAUUUUGUUCUUUGCUCAGCGUAAAAGCACAACAACUCUGUGCUCUGUGCUCUGUGUGUGUGUGUGUGUGUGUGUGUGUGUGUGUGUGUGUGUGUGUGUGUGUGUGUGUGUGUGUGUGUGUGUGUGAGUGUGUGUGUGUGUGUGUGUGCUUUCAGCUGGCUUAGCCUAGUGUGACUAAUGAGUAGGGAGUCUUACAGUUAGCAUCUAGCAGUGAGAUGGGGAUUAAGACACACUGAUACAAGCCCUGACACGCAUAGCCAGCUGGCAAAUACACAAACAUUACACACUCACAGGGCUGCGCACACAAUCAUGCUCCCACACAAAACCUACACACUUAGAACACACACACACACACUAUACACAAAUUUUAACCACAUUAAAGGUACUCUAAAUUAGAAAAACACAGUUUACAAAUGAAAAAUGUCAAAAUAAAAAUGUCCCAAUCAUUAUAAGACAAUCAAAUCAUGACUCUUGAGUUUUUACAUCUGUAGACGAGUUUGUUUAAGUCUGAAAUCAAGAUUUUGUCUUAACUAAAGAAAUCCGUUGCUUGGAAUUGAAAAAAUUGUGAAGCAAUGAAACACAUAUAGCAGGACUCAGGAUCGUCAUAUUAACUCUAAACUCUUCAGUAUGUGAGAUCAGCUUAUAAAGACAGUAAACUAAGUAGUUUGAACGUUGAUGGUUCUCGCAGUGUUGAAAUAAUUCUCUGAAGAAGCCUCAAUGUGUUCAGUGUUGAUGGUUUUCCUCCCGACUGUUUUGGCUCAGUCCUGACUCCCUACAGCUUCAUGCCUCGCUGCAGCAGGUGGCUUGACUUCCUUGCCCAAUGACAUUCGAAGGACAUUUAAAUUUAGCAACUACUUAAUAAAAAAGGGUGAAACCCUUAGCAACAAAAAUGACAGUUUUUAAUUCUACUGUUGAUCUUGAAGUAAUUAGUGCUGUGACGAUAUGCUUUUCUCCCAUUUCGAUUCUUCUAUGAUUUUUUGGAUGCCGAUUCGAUGUAAAUUGCGUUUCUACGAUAUUGUCGAUUUUCUCGAUUUUUAGUCUGCAUUUUUUUAACACCAGUGAAACAGUUGAAUGAUUAUGAUUGUCUACUGACUAUUCAAGGAGCCAUAUUUCCCAAAAAAAUAUACAUCACAUGGAGUUCAGUUUUUAAGAUUUAUACUUAAAUUUGAAAGAAAAAAAAUCGUUUUUUGAGCAUAAAAAUGCAUUUAAAAAUUGUAAAACAAAAAGUCGCAGUACUUUUGUGAAUCGAUUUUUUCUCUCACCCCUAGAAGUAAUGACUUAUUUAAUCUCGUGGAGGUAAAUCCACUUUGUUUCUCACACAGCUCGGAUAUUGUCCGGCAGUGCAUGCAAACUCAGGUUGUAAAUUCUAUAAUCUUGAGUAUUUUUCCUCUUCACCCAGUAAAAAUAAACCUUGAUCAACUGCAAACACAAAUGCUUUAGUUUGUGCUCACAUUUUGUAAAGUCUAAAUAUACAUCUGCUGUGUGAAUUUGACAACUAAAGCUUUUUAUAUCAUCCGCACACCACACUGUGUCCUUUUUUUGAGUUAGCUGUUUGCGUAGUGUCUGCCUUCUGUCCCACUUGAGGUCUUGCUCAUCUGUGAGAUCACCAGUGUACUAGACUCAGUGUAGUCGUGCAAGCAAGUGUGAUUUUCAUUUCAAAGAUCUGUGGGUUUUUUCUUGUCAAACAGACUCGUCUCUGAUUGAGGGAGGGAAUUUCAAUUGCAAACCUGAAAACAUUCACAGCUUAAACAAAGUACAAAAAUACAUCACCAUGAAGCUAAAUGAAGUCAGCAGCUGGUGUCUCCUCAUGAAACAGUCCUUCAGCGUCUUUGGAGAACGCUCUGAUAAAGGCACAAUUUAGCAUUGACUGGGAAACACCGGGUUUCUUGGAAGCCACUUGUCCCAUAUUGCUGUAAUCGAGCUAAGUGAUUAUAAUUAGACCUCACUUUGACAGUGUUGCUGCCUGUGCCUGCAGGCUUGUCUCUAAAGGGAAGAGAAGAAGAGAGAGAGAGAGAGAACCGCCAGAGAUUCCUUUGGUCUCCUCUCUGCAGAUAUCCUUCUGUACUUACAGUAAAUGAAUGAAUAAAUUGCUGUAAGAGGGAAGAGAGCAGUGCGAUGCAUUUUCAUUCAUGCAUUAAUUUUUCAUUUCUUUCACUGCAAGAUCAGCUGAAACUCAAAAUAACCUUAAAUGUCCUCCGAUCAUUGACUGUACAUUAAAAAUAUUCCUCCAUCUCCUUUUGUUGUGAGAUGUGGGUAAUGUGUGUGUAAUGCAGCCAUUAACCAUUUCAAAUAAGGAUAAUAUAGUGCUUAAUGCUUGGUAAAGCUUUUAAAAGAAUGUUUUUUCUCUCUCUCUGUUUCUCCUCUCCUCAGAUCCUUUGUGGCCGGGAGAUCCCACGCUGGGUGAACCGCCUGGCUUACUUCAGCUCUUGCGUGCCCUUCCUCCAGAGCUGCCUGCCCAAAGAGUGGCUGACCCCUGCCGCCUUACAGUCCAGUGUGAGCCAGGAGCUUCAUGGAGCAGGAGAGCUGGAGGAGGCCGAGGACGCUGCUGCCACCGCCUCCCUGGCAUCCAUGUCGCCCUGCUCGCCCUCAUCUUCCUCAAGCCCCACUUCCUUCCCCCGUCAUUCAAGACACCAGCCCCGCCGGUAG